AUGGACAACAGAUCGUUCGGGUUCAUGUCUGAGUUGACCCUGGACACCUUUCGCAUUCCACAUGGAGGGAAGUACCCCAUAUUCCUGCUGGGUAUCAUGAUUUACUUAUUUGGCAUCAUUUGCAACCUGGUCUUGUUGACUUUGAUCGUUACGCAGAGGAACCUUCACAAACCCAUGUACUUCAUCCUGUUCAGUCUUCCUCUCAAUGACCUGAUCGGUAUCUCUGCCAUGCUGCCAAAAGUCCUGUCAGACAUCGUCACAGAGACGAACAAGGUUUAUUACCCGCUGUGUGUUUUACAAGCGUUCUUGCUCCACAUGUACGGUGGAGGGAUUUUGUUUAUUCUCGCGGUGAUGUCAUUCGAUCGCUACGUGGCCAUCUGCAUGCCGCUGCGUUACACCUCUGUCAUGACCCCCGGGGUUCUUAUCUGUAUCAUCUGUCUUGUGUGGGGUCUCGACUUUGUCUUGAACCUGUCACUGUUCUGUUUGCAGACCCGACUCCCGAGGUGCAGGUCUGUCGUCAUGAACGUGUUCUGCGAUAAUCCGUCUCUGCUGAAGCUCACGUGCGAAAACACCACGGUCAAUAACAUCAUCGGCCUGUUCAACACGGCUGUCAUGCAAGCUGUGAGUCUGUCCGUUCAGGCCUUUUCCUACGUGAAGAUUCUCAUCACGUGCGUGCUCACCAGGAGGUCCGAGGCCAAGUCCAAGGCCGUCAACACGUGCGUCGCACAGAUGGUCAUACUGGUCAUAUUCGAGAUCACGGGAACUUUCACAAUUUUAUCUCACAGAUUCAAAAACAUCUCGGCCGACUUGCAAAAGAUUAUGGGCAUGCUGAUAUUCCUUGUGCCCCCACUUCUGAAUCCUAUCGUGUACGGGCUGUACACCAGUGAAAUAAGAAGCACACUCCUGAGAGUCUUAAAGAAAAGAGUUUCCAUAUAA